GUCAAUCAUGAAGUAUCUGGGAGUCCUGUUUGUCGCCUUAUUGGCUCUUCAGGCCAAGUCAGCACAGGCUGUCUGUGGUUAUGAGUCAUGCCACGAAACGAAGUCAAAUAUGGUGAACAUCCACUUGGUGCCGCACUCCCACGAUGACGUGGGCUGGUUGAAGACCGUAGACCAGUAUUUCUAUGGACACAAGAACAACAUCCAGCACGCCGGAGUCCAGUACAUCAUCGACACUGUGAUCGCCGAGCUGAUCAAGAACCCCGAUCGCCGUUUCAUCCAGGUGGAGACCUCCUUCUUCUCCAAGUGGUGGUCCGAGCAGUCGGAGACCGUCAAGGAGAUCGUGAAGAAGCUGGUCAACGAGGGUCGCCUGCAGUUCACCAAUGGAGCCUGGAGCAUGAACGACGAGGCUGCCGUGAACUACCAGAGUGUGAUCGAUCAGUUUUCUCUCGGCUUGAAAUUCCUGGAUGAUACCUUCGGUACUUGCGGACGUCCGACCGUCGGCUGGCAAAUCGAUCCUUUCGGCCACUCCCGCGAACAGGCCUCGCUCUACGCCCAGAUGGGCUACGAUGGCGAGUUCUUUUCCCGCAUGGACCACAACGACAAGGGCAGGCGGAUGGCCGACCUCGCCUUGGAGAUGGUUUGGGAUGCCAGCGAGUCUUUGGACAUCAAGCUCUUCACCGGACUUCUGUACACUUUCUACUGGGACACCCCUGGAUUCUGUUUUGAUGUCCACUGCAGCGAUGAUCCAAUCAUCGAUACUAAAAGCUACGACAACAACGUCAAGUCCAGAGUCGACGAUUUUAUUGCCUACGCUGCCCAAGUGGCUGAGAAGUUCCGUACGAACCACAUCAUGAUUCCCAUGGGAGGUGACUUCCAGUACGAAGAUGCUGAGGUGAACUUCAAGAACAUGGACAAGCUGAUCAAGUACAUAAAUGAACGCCAGUCAAGUGGAUCGAAGUACAACAUCAUCUACUCCACUCCGGCGUGCUACCUGCACUCGGUCCACCAGAGUGUGCAGUCCUAUCCGAACAAGACCCAGGACUUCUUCCCCUACGGCAGUGACUCCAACAGCUUCUGGACCGGAUAUUUCAGCUCUCGGCCAACUCAGAAGCGCUUCGAGCGCGACGGCAACCACAUCCUGCAAGUGGCCAAGGAACUCAGUGUCUUCGCUGAUUUGAACAGCGAGCAGCAGAAAGAGGACCUCAACUACCUCCGCCAGAUCAUGGGAGUGAUGCAGCACCACGACGCCAUCACCGGUACCGAGAAACAAGCCGUGUCCAACGAUUACGAUCGUCUUCUUUACGACGCCAUUCUGGGAGGAACCAACCUGGCCCGCGAUGCUCUGAGGAAGCUGACACCCUAUCCUAACGGAGAGUUCCAGAGCUGCCUCAACAUGAACAUCAGCGACUGUGCCUACACCAAGGACAACGCCGAUAACCUGAUCGUAACCCUGUACAAUCCUCUGGCCCACACCACCAAGCAGUACGUGCGCCUUCCCGUCAAGAACGAGAACUUCCAGGUGACCGACGACAAGGGACGCGUGGUGGCCUCCGAGCUGGUGCCAGUAUCCCAGCAGAUCAUUGAUCUGGAGUUCCGUGAAACCGACACACAGUACGAGUUAGUUUUCAAGGCUACCGUCGACAAGAUCGCCAACUACUACGUCAAGAAGGUUGAGAGUACGAGUGCUGCCCAGCCCCUCAAGGUCGUCAAGUCAGUCAGUGGAGAGACCCGUGAGGAUGGCGAGACUGUCGUGCAGACUUCGACAAUCAAACUGACGAUCGACAACAACUCUGGUCUUCUGAAAACUGUUGAAAUGAACGGCGUUUCCGAGAAUAUUGAGCAGAGCUUCGGUGUUUAUCGGACCUACGAUUCCGGGGCAUACCUCUUCCGUCAAUACAACCAAGGAGAUUUUGUGAUUCAGGAUGGCGGCGUUGAUUUCACUGUUUAUGAAGGAUCUCAAGUCGUGGAGAUUCACCAGGUGUUUAGCGAAUAUGUCUCGCAGGUUAUCCGCCUUUACGAGGACUGUGAAACUAUUGAAUUCGACUGGCAGGUCGGUCCAAUUCCACGCGAGGAGGAAUUCGGAAACGAAGUUGUCAUCGUCUUCAGCAGUGAAAUUGAAUCCAAGGGCGUGUUCUACACUGACGCCAAUGGCCGAGAGCUCCUCAAGCGUGAGAAGGACAAGCGUGAGGACUUUAACUCUGAGCUUGAUAGGCAGCCUACUGCUGGAAACUACUACCCGAUCACUUCCCGCAUCGCCCUGCAGGACAGCAAGAAGCGAUUGGCUAUCCUGAACGAUCGCGCCCAAGGAGGAUCCAGCAUGAAGGACGGUCAGAUCGAGCUCAUGCUGCACCGACGACUUGUCCGUGAUGAUGGUCUGGGAGUGGACGAGGUCUUGAACGAGGAGAAGUACGGACAGCCUCUGAUUGCCCGCGGCAAGGUCUUCCUCGUCCUGAACUCUGCCGAGGAAUCUACCGCCGCUGAACGCGAGUGGGAGAAGGAGCACCACCUGCCCCUCUGGAAGUUCUUCAGCAAGAACUCUGGAAGCACCAGCUCUCCUGUCAAAUCCCUUCCCACCUUCGAUGACUUCCCCAAGUCCGUCCAUCUGCUCACCCUAGAACCCUUCAAUGAUGGAGAGGUUCUCCUGCGUGUUGAGAACUUCAUGGAUCACACCGAAGGCAAGGUCGUCAGCUUCAACAUUCGUCCUCUCUUCGACUAUCUGAACGGCGAGGAAAUUCGUGAAACUACUCUGGACGGAAACCUGCCCCUUAGCGACAUGAAGCGAUUUAAGUUCCACGCCGAGGGCUCUGGAGUAAUGAGUUCUGAACCUGAGUACUACACUUCCGACCACAAGCCUCUGGAAGUCAGUGCGUCGCAGGAGGCUUCUGCAUUUGCCGUCACCUUGAAGCCAAUGCAGAUCCGUACUUUUAUUGUUAAGACAAAGUAAAUUGCAAAA